AUGGGCUUCGCCUUCGACUGGCACCGCAUUUCGCAUAAUGCCUGCCAAGUUGCCUUUCAAAUCCUGAGUCCCGUCUGCGUUGAAGUUCUCGUUGGUGAAGCCUUCUGCCAGACUCGCAAGCCGAGCAUAUCCCGCGUGACAGAGCCGGAUGAAAAGAAGCGUGAAGAUGAGCAGUGUAGACAUGGGCCUCAGCUGGAGGAAUGCAAAUGGAUUCAUGGCUCGGGCUCAAGAAUAAUGUCUCUGCAAAGCCAUUCGCCCUCAAGAAUUCUGAGAACUGACCAAGACGCCGGCCUGCAGCUACAAAUUAUCCUUCAUGCAUGCUCACCCGAUGUGUUCUACUUGGCGAGCCUGGGGGCUAACGUUGCUUGGCCAGCGCGAGAGCGAGAUCCAAACCAGGUGCCAGGACACGGUAUCCAGCACUUCCGAUAA